AUGGCUCGUUGGCCUCUUAAAUUUGAAGAGGUGUACAAAAUAUCCACACGAUAUAUGCGCCUGAAUAAUUCUCACCCAUUCAUAGCCGAUCGAAACAGGUUUUGGUUAAUAAAGAUUAUUUUUUUCCGUGUUAUCGCCUUAGUUUGCUUCAUAUUCCUUGUUAAUUCAAUCAUAAAUCACGAUGUAAAAGCCAAAAGAUAUACUGAAGCCAUUAAGAACGGCAUAAUGGCAAUAGUAGCAGUGACUGUGACCUUCAAACACGGUAUUCUUGUGCAGCGGUAUCGUUCAAUAAAGAAUCUCAUCAGCUCGAUCGAUAGAGAUUACAAAUUAGCAGAAGAUUUAUCGGAUGAUGAAAAAAAUAUUGUUUUAUAUUACGUAGAGAAGGGAGUCCAAAUCUGUCGGUUUUGGCUCGUCGCAGCUGGUCUUACCAGUUUAAUGUUCCCAUUGAAGGCGCUCGCGCUGAUGGCAUACCAUUGCUUGAAAGACGAAUGCGUAUUGAUCCCGAUGUUUGACUUUACAUACCCGAAGGGUAUCAACGAGUACAAAGACGUAUUGUCCGUUUAUUGUGCUACGUUCCUUUUGUGCUUCUCGUUCGACAUAUAUUCUAUGUCUGUUUACAUAGGCUUCGAUCCUCUGGUGCCUAUCUUUAUGUUACACACUUGUGGACAACUGCACUUAAUAAGUAGAAAUCUAUCCAAGGCACUCAGUGAAGCAUCGACCACUCAAGAAAAGAAGGAAAAAUUAAAACGCAUUAAUCUUAAGCUCGUUGAAAUAUACAGAUUUGUAAAAAAUGUGCAAAAGAUCUUCGUCAUACUCUACGAAUUUAAUAUGAAAACUACAACUUUUCUCAUACCGUUCUCUGCUUUUCAAAUAGUUGAGUCGCUACGUCAUAAAGAAAUUACAUUAGAGUUUAUUUCCUUCUUCUUUGGCGCAAUAUUACACUUCUAUAUCCCUUGCUACUACAGCAAUCUCCUCAUGGUAAAGAGCGAGUCUCUGCGUCAAGCUAUAUAUACCUGCGGUUGGGAAAUGGAGUCUGAUAUACAAAUUCGCAAGACAAUAUUGCUGAUGCUUACAAGAACUUCAGCGCCACUGGUCAUGAAAACUGUUUUCUACCCCAUAUGCUUGGACACGUUUGCGGAGAUGGCCCGUCAGGCUUACGGCAUCUACAAUAUUAUGAAUGCAGCAUGGGGAUAG